GUUUAUUUAAAGCUACGCGCGAGCGACGCAGCACAGUAAUCAGCGAACGACCGAGCGCCGCGUGAGGUUUCUGUUGUUUGCUUUUACCGAGACUGAAUCAACGGCGGCCAUGUUGUCAGCAAGUCCGCGAUGCGGCCGACAGCUGGUGGUAGCACUGAGCAGAGGCCGCGCCACAGCGGCGGCGGCGGCAGUGGCGGAGAAGGGAACUACGGCGGAGCAGACGCAGGAGUGGCUGAGGGCGAAGCCCUUUGAGGAAAUGCCAGGGCCCAAACCACUGCCUAUCAUAGGAAACACGUGGAGAUUCCUGUUGCCAUCAGGAGACUACAAGACGACCGACAUGGCCGAGAUGAUGUUCCAGAUGCGCCAACAGUACGGAGACAUCGCCAAGCUGGUGGGCCUCCCGGGGAAGCCGCCGAUGGUCUUCUGCUUCAGCGCCAACGACGUGGAGAAGGUGUACCGCAAUGAGGGCCCGAGGCCGGUGCGCGACUCGAUUCAGUCCAUCAAAUACUACCGGGGAGUCGCCAGGAAGGACUGGUUUGGCGACAUCCAGGGCGUCGCCGCCACUCAGGGGGAGCAGUGGUACGAGUUCAGGAGGAGAGUCAACCAGCCCAUGAUGCAGCCGCGUUCCAGCAAGCUGUACGUUCCCGCCAUCGACCAGGUCACUCUCGACUUCACCGACAGAAUGCUGACCAUCAGAGACGAGAAUAUGAAGAUGCCUGGAGAUUUCACGAAUGAACUGAACAAGUGGGCGCUAGAAUCAAUUUCUGUGGUGGCUCUGGACACACGCCUUGGCUGUCUGGAUGGAAACCUCCCCCCAGACUCAGAACCCCAGCAAAUGAUCGAGGCGAUGCAUACCCUGUUCGACUGCAUGCUCAAACUGGACGUGAGGCCCUCGCCCUGGAAGUACAUCAGCACGCCGGCCUGGAGGCGCCUAGUCAAGUCGCAGGACUACUUCUACCACGUGGCAAUGAAACACAUCAACGAGGCGAUGGACCGAAUGAAGAAGCGAGGAGCAGAACAAGUGUCAGCUGGAGAACUCAGCGUGCUGGAGAGGUUGCUACUCUCCAACGACGACCCGCGCAUCGCCAUCGUGAUGGCCCUGGACAUGAUGGGAGCCGGCAUCGACACGACGGCCAACUCCGCUGCCACGGCGAUGUACUUCCUGAGCAAAAACCAGAGGGUCCAGGAGAAACUCUACCAGGAGCUGAGGGCGCAGCUCCCGGACUCACCCUCUCAGCCACUCACUGCCGACAAGUUGGAGGCCUGCAAGUACCUCAAAGCCUGCGUCAAGGAGGCCAUGAGACUGCAUCCUGUGGCGAUAGGGGGCAGCCGACAGGUCACAGUGGACAACCUGGUGCUCAGCAACUACCGUAUACCUCGAGGGGUUAACAUCAUGCUGGCCAACAUGGUGCUUACCAACUCGGACGAGCACUUCUCGCGGCCCUCCGAGUUCAUUCCCGAGCGGUGGCUCAAGGACGACGACUCUGCUCAGACGGCGCACCCAUUCGCCUUCAUGCCGUUCGGCUUCGGCCCCAGGAUGUGCAUCGGUCGCAGGUUUGCCGAGCUCGAGAUCUACACCUUACUGGCCAGGGUUGUGCGCCGCUUCAAACUGGAAUUUGAUGGCGAGAUGCGCUGGAGAACGACGGUGCUGCAUGUGCCAGUGACACCGCUCACCCUUAAGGUCACUGAAAGGGAGCAGUAGCUGUGACGCCACACCCACACCGAGCUGUUGCUGUGCAGCUGAACCACACACCUGUAGUGACUGCCAUUAACGCUGUGCAACAGUAUUCACUGUAUUCGUUUCUCAGUGUUUAUAUGCGAUUUUCCAUAGCUUUAUGUCAGCCCCAAAGUCGGGAAAUGAAACUGAUCUUACUUUUAUUUGAAUGAAUAUAACCAUAUUUACACCUUAUAUUUUGACAAAUAUAAGGUUGGAUACUUUUAUAUUUCUUAUUUGUGAAAAUAAAGAAGAGCAACAAUUAGUGGUAUUAUUACUGUAUGAUAAUCAAAAUAUAUCUUUUGGUUACAUAUGAAAUAACUAUAAUGUCCAGUGUUUUACAAAUUCAAAAUAUUUGAAGAAUGCCAUUAUGUAUAAGUAAAAAGGUGCUUCUGAGACAUAUUUUUACUGUUAAGAGUAGAAAAUCACCUUCAGCCGAUCUUUGUAUAUGCACAAAACCUACAAGGUAACGCUAUCUGGAAUAUUGUGCAAAUAAUUUCUCAUGUUUCAGAAAAUAAUUUCAACUGAUAUCAUUAUAGUAAACGUUUGCAGAAGAGGAAACUUUUGGGUCAAACACAUAAAAAAAACUUUUGUGAACAUGGAAAAUAAUCAUAUCUGUUAUAUGCUUGAGUCACAGAAUCAUCAAUUGCAGACAACAUGACAUAACAAAUCUGUCAAAUAUGUUCUUACAAUUGCCAAAGUCGCAGUGAAACUGACAGAUGGAUUGGUUGAUGUCUGCUUACAUAAGCAGUUUAGUGAUAUCUAUAAUGUAAAAGUUUAUUCAAGCAGUUACAUGUUACGGUUGUGUACAGGGUUCUGAUCACAUAACUACAUUUGUAAAGCUCAGCUGAAGAUGACUUUGUGAUCGAAAUUAGUCCCAACAAUAAAGAAUACUAGUAAUGACCCAGAA